AUGUCUGUAAAAAGUGAAUCAGUCAUAACCUCCAUCACUGACACCUGGGCCUUCGUCAUUGCUUUUGCCAUGGAAGCGUUAAUUAAAGCCUGCAUAUCAGCAGAAGCAGUAAAAUCAGCAGAAAAAUCAGACCCAUCUCCAGAUAUACCCGGAGAGGCUUCUAAAGUAAUCUGAAUGUUUGCUGUAGUCCCAGAAGGCACAAAAAGAUCCUGUCAGAUUGUAUAAUAAAUAUACAGACAACCCUAAGGGAAUGAAUAAAGUAAACUAAUACCUAAGGAAAGGGUUGAGUAACCCUGAAGUAAAAAAUAAAAUAAAUAAAUAAACAGGAUAAAGAAAUGAAAGUACUCACAAUAGUGAAAAAAAUAGCAAUUGGAAUAGGAAAACGCAGGAGCUGUUGGGCCGCCACUAUAAAUAAACCCCAACUUAGAUUUCUGGCAGUUGGGAUCAGAGCAGCGGCCAGACAUAUGAAUGAAGGGGAAAAACAGCGCGAUAGCGCCGUGCAGGGGAUAAAGAUCCUCAAAGAUGUCCCUGAGCCCCAAUAGAUGGUAAUCUUGGGGCCAGUGAGGUCAGAGGGGAAAAAAAAUAUUAAAGGAUAUACAAUAAAGCAAAUAAAGUAAAUAAAUCAAAUUAAGUUAAAAUGAAGUAACUAAAUAUAUUUAUAAAUAUGAAAAUAUUAUAAUUAAAAUUUAAUAACUAUAAUAAUAACAAUUAUAUAAACCACCGUUAUGAUAUGAAUAAAAGUAAAAAAAAUCCCACAGGUAAGAACCAUGGGACCCAGUGUCACUUAACUGAGGUAGCAGCAAAGAAAGAGGAAGUAGUAUACUGGGCACUGCCUAUUAUGAUAUGAAGAGGAUGCUGAUUGGCUGUUCCUGUUGCUAGGAGAAUAUACGUUGUUUACUGGUUUCUUUUUAUACUGAUUAAAUGUUAUUUUUCUUUGGAGCUGAGGGAAAUAAAGAAAGAUUGCAGCAUAAUAGGAGCCUCUGUGUCUUAAUACAAUUAGUAAAUUUGAUAUAUUUAGACUGAAAUUGCCUAACUGAAAAAAAAUAAAACAAAUUGGAUAUUUUAGACUAAACCUUGCAAUUCCCUGCUUUGUGAAUAAACUCUUUUUCAAGUAAUUUUACAGAUCAAAGCUACGGUUUAAAUGGUUAUUGCUUAAGUAUUGGUUUUUGUGAUUUUUCAAAUGUUAAGCUGUUAGAUUGCCCUUACCUUUCCAGCCCACUUUAAAACCUGAUGCUAUGGCAGUGUUCCAAAUAGAACCCAAAGCUCUAAGAGACCAGAGAAUCAAACACAAAUGUGAGCAAGCCGUCCUAGUAUCUUCUCCUUAGAAUGCUGUUGUGAAGGUUUUCAUGCUGUGCCCUUCUUGGUACUUUUUAUUUACUACAGUUUUCUUUCCUGUCCGUUACUGGAAAAACCUGGACCAUGAUGCCUGAACCAACAGGAUUUCAUCCAGUCCAAGAGCAUGUCAUACAUCCAUAUAUUCAACAGACAACAACCCAGAGACAGGUUGAUAGAACCGGUAAGGUUUUCAGUAAUAGGUGUAAUGAUUAGUUUGUAUAAUGGCCAAUAUUCCUAAACGCUCAUCUCCACCAUCAUUUUUAUUUUUAAUAGGCACAUGUUGACUAAAGUUAAAUAAAGGUGUAACUGUUCAUGUACUGUUUGAUCGUAUGAGUAAAAAAGUACUAUCUACAAAAUGUGUAUACCAGCCAUGCCCCCUUACCCUAUGUUUACACUUACACCUUUAACCUUAACCCUACACUAUCCUAACCCUAAAACAGCUUUAACCCAAACCCAACAUGAAAGGGUUACUCCAACCCUUUUGCAGGGUGUCUAUUUAAAAUGCCCUAUUGAGCAUUAUUAAAGGACCACUACAGUGCCAGGAAAACAUACUCGAUUUCCUGGCACUAUAGUGCCCUGAGGGUGCCCCCACCCUCAGGGACCCCCUCCCGCUGGGCUGGAUGGCAAGGAAAGGGGUUAAACUUACCUUUAUUCCAGCGCGGGGCGGGGAGCUCUCCUCCUCCUCUCCGCCUCUGAUCCGCCUCUUUGGCUGAAUGCGCAUGUGCGGCAGGAGCUGCGCGUGCAUUCAGCCGGUCUCAUAGGAAAGCAUUUACAAUGCUUUCCUAUGGACGCUUCCGUGUUCUCACUGUGAUUUUCACAGUGAGAAGCACGCAAGCGCCUCUAGCGGCUGUCAAUGAGACAGCCACUAGAGGAUUUGGAGGCUGGAUUAACCCAUUUAUAAACAUAGCAGUUUCUCUGAAACUGCUAUGUUUAUAAAAAAAAAGGGGUUAAUCCUAGAGGGACCUGGCACCCAGACCACUUCAUUAAGCUGAAGUGGUCUGGGUGCCUAGAGUGGUCCUUUAACCAGGAACCCGCCUACAUUGUGCAGUAAACAUGUAAAAAAAAAUUUACUUAUCUGGAAUCCAGCGCCAGGCAAAGCUCCUGAUCCUACCUUUCAUGCCUCCACUCAUCAUCAGUCAGGGCCUCGUUCAGUCUAAACACAGACUUCUCAUAGCAUGCAUGCAAACUGAGCCAGUGAGGAGAGAUAGGGAGGGAGAUUGGGAGGAAGGGUCAUGGUGGUUGGAGUAAUCCUUUAACCCUUACCUUAUCCCUACUCCUAAUGAAACCCUCUGCUAAUAUCAGCAGAUGGGUUUCAUAGUUAAAACAGGAGAAAUCGGUAUGUUGCUGCCAUCUACUGACAAUUUUUAGGAUUACUGAAAAAAAGCAUGCUCCCUCACUCGAUUACAGUGUGAUUGGUGCCGGCAGCUGAAAAAGUCCAGCACUAAUAACAAUCAGCUUUGGAACAUCAGACCAUGGAGGUCUAUCUUCAGCAUCCUGCAGCCCUAGAAUCACUGCGGAUGAGCACACUUGCUCAACUGGUAUAUUCUCAAUGGAUUCAAACGGCUGUAUGCAGCGCUCAGUUUGAACUCUGCAUACAGCUUAUAAGCUCAUCAGUUUGGGGCCACUAAAAUGGGAACACCAGGAAUCCAUUUAGACUGUAAGCAGGGAUUUAACCAAUUUAAUCUUUAUAUAUCUAUAGUAACUCUCAAUUUGAGCAAUGCAUACAGCUCAUCUAUCAGUUUGGAUUCACUAAAAAUGAAAGCGGCUGACAGAGGAGAGUCCCAGUUAUUGAUUAAUACCCAGGACUCUCUGGUGUGAGCAGGGAUUUAACACAACUCACAAAUUGCAUGAUGUCCUACUCCCUCUUAACAGCUGUCUUUCACUCUGUGGAAGACAGCAUGGAAUGUCCUAAUACUGGGAAGGGGUUAAUUACAUCGCAAGUCAAAGGUUACAGGCAGCCAAGAACACUGAAUUUGUGAAUGGUUGACAGUUAUGCAAAUAACUAAUUACGUUCAGUUUGGACAUUUAAAUGUGUGUUUCUUUAGUUCCAAUCAGACAUUUUAAAUAUUCUGCAUAUCUUUAGUUCUCAUGUUAAUGAUUUUGUUAUGUAAAUUGAGGUUACAGUAUUUACUUAUCCUUUAAUUGGUAUAACUGUUUACAAAUGAAUUGUUGGUUAAUACUGCAUGCACACGUAAUUAAGUCAGGAUAGAGUUAUUGUGGUGUUAGCUGUGCUCAUGCACACAUUCUUUUAAAUGUAGGAAAUAUUUGGAUAUUGAUGAACUAUUAAAUAUGCAUUUUAGUGACUUAUCUAGUCCUUUUAGGACGUCUUCAUGUGGUGGUUUUGGUGCACAGACCCUGUUUCUUCAGUCUGACAAACAUAAGCAUUGCUACUUUUGACAAAUGUCAAGAUUCUGAGGGCACUAUGGGUAGAGAUUUGCACACUGCUUGCUCCUGCACGCUUAACAACAGAGCACGCUUAACAACGGAAAAGCUUGGAUUCUUGAGGCUCCUGUCACAUGCAUGCACAAUUUUGAAAAUUAGUACAGCUAGAUGACAGGCAAAAAUCAGCACCAUACUAUUUUAUAGUUCUCGAUAGCUCUUUAACUUUGACUUGGCUUUAGCAAGUAAGAUCCUGUACAGGCCAUUACACUACAAUAGUAUACUACAUAUAGGUUAUGAUGCUGUGAGUUUCUCUUUAGAUUGAAGUUAAACAUGGAAUUAUGUUACUAUGCCCUAAGUUUCUGUAAAUAUACAUUUUAUAUUUUAGUUCCUAUGGAGAGAUUAAAAAGAUAUAUUUUAUAUGGUAUUGUUUAUAUUGUAAGAAUUUUAAAUUAUUCAAGCAAAUAGGCACCAUACAGUGUGACAGAAAUAUGUUCUUAAAAAUAGUCAACAAAGUGUAUGUUAGCUAGGCCUAAUAGUCACAUGUAAUAAGUACAGUUGCUUGAUUAAAAUGAGUUUCUGUUGAAAUGCAGGCCUCAACUUUUGAGCCAUAUGUGUUCCUGUAUGCAGGAGGGGUAGAAGGGAUGACACUUCCAUUCACUCGUAGCACUGUUAGCAUUUAUAAUGAAUACGUCCUCUCCUCCUUCUCAUUUACUACAUUUUGUGGAUUAUGUGCUUACCUUUAAUUUUUAGAUUGCAUUGUAUAUAUAAAGUUAAAUAUAAAGUUUAACUAAUACAAAUGUGCAUAUUUUGUUGAAAUGGUAAUUGCGAAACUAUCUUUUUUGUAAAAAUCUUUUUUAUUGUCUUUUAAGAGCACAAGGUGUUGACUCUCUUUCUUUCCUUUAUCAUUAGGUAAGUUGCAUCGUGUGACAGGUCAGCAUGUUGCAAGAGCCCCUCAGGAUAGCUUUGUAUCGUCAAACCUGCAAGAGGUAAUGCUCCCUGGAUUUACCCCAUUUACUGUGUCUCCUUACGGACUAGAGGCAGCAUUUCCUGCUUCUCAUAUAAGCACUGCAAGAGGUACGACAAACAGCUAUCUACCACAAAAUCCACAAGGUGUAGUGGCACCAGGUCCUUCACAGCCUUAUGUUGCUCCCUACCAUAUGUUGUCUUAUCCUAUAAGUCAUGCCACUGGGAAGCAGAGACUUCCUAUUGAAAUGAGGGCACUGUAUCAACCCAAUAAUUAUAUAGAAAAUCAAGAAAAAUCAAAAGUCCAGCUAUUGCACAUGGCAACUGGACAUUACCAGAACCCUAUGGUUACAAAGAUUUACCCACAGACAAGGCAGUGCACGUACAAAACAUCUGCACCACAACAUUACCAACAAUCACCAUUCUUAAUCAUGGAGCUAAGUGUCCCUUCAGUAUCCAAACAAUUGGAUGUUAAGACUACCAACAACUGCAAGCACAUCGAUCCAUUGCUGCCAUCAGACAGUCUGGUAUAUGACAAUGAGGAUUUCACCAAUUUGGAAGCAGUGGUUAAUGCAACUAAACAAAGACAUUCUCAAAUAAAGAAGAGUACCACUGAUGCUCAUCAGAUGUCCUCGCAUUCUUCUUUUAAUAUGGACUCUCUCCCUGAGGAAAUGAAAUUGUUCAGAUAUGAGGAUGAGUCAGUCAAGGAACAAGUGAGCAGUAUGGACUUCUUUUACUAUGUAAGCACAUAUGGCGUAAUACCAAGUGAAGAAGAUGCUCCCAAACCCAAAGAACACAUUAAACGCUACCAAUCAGUUGGUCUAAAUCCCCGGGUCUCAGCAGAUGCCAAACACAAAAACCUAUCUCAAGCUUGGCCUCUGUAUCUAAAACGAUUUAAACGCCUUUAG